AUGUUCGACGACGUUGACGACGACCUCGUGUCGCGCGCCAUUCUUCGCAUUGCGCAACAGACACGUUACCUCGCCCCAUGGACUGCGCUCCCCCUCGCAAGCGCCAGCAUCGCUGUCGCAGACAUGCUCCAGAACCUCACUGGACAUACGGUGCAUGAUGUCUACUUUCCUUUUGUGCGGUUCAGCGUGCUCCACGCCAUGCGCGUCAGCCUUGCAUGGGCGGCCAUGACGCGGGGACGCAAGUCCGUGGGCUUGUUCGCUGACCUCUUUGGGUUCUUGGUCAUUGCUUGGGGCGGAGGUACCCUCGUCUCGCUUCUCCUCGGUAACCCGCCCGCAUGGCUCAUCUCGCCCGUGCCAUGGCUCGUCUACGUCGCCGUGUACCUCGUCACUAUCCCGACAAGACUGGCGAGUGUUAUCAGCUCGGCACCCUCGCUUCCCCUGGGCCUCGUCCUCUCCCUCGUGGAUGGGAUGACCCGCGGCGUCUCGGUCGCCUCUAUGCCCGCGUUGACUGAGAGCUCGCCCAAGACGGCUGGCUCGUGGCUCGCUCCAGUCGUGCUUGGAGCCAUCGCGACCUGUGGCGGCGGCUGGAUCGCCCAAACCCUCGGUUUGGCCAGAGAGUCGUGGGCAAUGGGUAGACCCUCCGUCCUUGGCGGUGGGGUGUGGAACACACUCGACGUGUGGGCUGCCCUUAUCGCUGGCGUAGCGUACUCGACGCUUAACGGGCACUAUCCCGCACUCAGGAAGGUGAGGCCUCUCGUUGCCGAGGCCCUUCCCGACGACCUCGAGAUCACGCCUGGAGUCGCGCGCGCUGUUGCCGUCCUCAUCUUCGCGGGCCUCUUUGCCGCGCGCACUCUCGCAGUUUACUUCCAGCCUGCUGCAAAGGUCGCAGAGCAGCGCAUCCAGGCCAAGGCCGCGAGCUUGCCCUCAAAGGCCGCCGCCCUGUCCGAGAAGAUCAAGGCCGACGUCACACCGAUUAAGGCCCAGACGCCAGAGCCCGAGACUCCUCGGCGCUCCACCAGAUCCUCGCGGGCAGAAACUCCAUCCACCACCAGUGGAACCCCUGCACCAGGCGAGGACACACCGAGCAAGCCGCGGAAACGCCGCGCCAAGAAGAAGGCAACGUCGUAG